AUUCAGCAAUACCGUUUCGCAGGCUCCAGAUCGGUCGUGUCUAUCUCUGGAGAUCAAAACAUUACAUUAAGUAAAUCUAUAUCGUACUUCGACUUUAACAAAGGGCUUAACUUUUAAAUAGAGCACUGCUUUGAAGACUAACUCUAUUAUUAAAAACUAUGUUCUAAGUUUAAACGAACUAAAAUUAAGAAAACGUAUCUUGAAUAAAUGUAGAAAUCAGUUUGAUAUUUCAGAUAAGGGUUUGUAAGUUUAUUGCCUACUAAGCGCAUAAACUAACCAACGAACGAAAUCUUGAAAAAGCAUUUUAGUGUUUUCGGAGGGAUAGCAAAAAUUGAUCGAACAAACAACAUGACUCGACCAAAGAAUAGUUCCAAAUUUAAAGGGUUCAUGCAAGAGAACUCUUUAACUAUACUAACUAUAAUAGGUGUUGCAGUUGGAAUCAUUGUAGGACUGAUACUAAAAAACAGCACGGGACCAUGGACAAAACGUGAAAUUAUGUACAUCGCAUUCCCGGGAGAGCUGUUUUUAAGGAUGCUGAAGUGUUUAAUUGUGCCAUUGUUAGUUUCGUCGAUUACAAGUGCCAUUGGUUCUUUAGAUUUAAGUAUGUCCGGUCGUAUUGCAACAAGAGCGAUCGUGUACUAUUUCCUUACAACUGUAUCUGCAGUUAUAUUGGGUAUUGUGCUUGUAACAACUAUACGUCCAGGACAAGUAGGACAGGUAGAUGAGUUUAUGACUGACGAUGUCGAAAAGAACUCAAAAGUUCUUACACCUGAUACUUUAAUGGAUCUCGUUAGGAAUAUGUUUUCGGAUAACAUAGUUCAAGCAACAAUGUUUCAGUAUCGGACGGAAAUAAGUGCUCCUAAAAAUAUCACACAAAAGGAUUUGCCGAUGGAGUUAUGGGAAUUCAGUGGAAAGUACAAAGAUGGCUCGAACGUUUUGGGCUUGGUUAUGUUUAGUAUCAUACUUGGAACUACCAUUGGCCGAAUGAGGGAACAGGGAAAGUUGUUGCAAGAAUUCUUUACAACUCUUAGUGAAGCCAUGAUGAUUAUUACUUCUUGGGUUAUUUGGAUCUCACCUCUUGGUGUAGCUUUCUUGAUCACAGCCAAAAUUAUUGAAAUGCAUUCUUUAGUUCUUGUUGUUCAACAACUUGGAUGGUAUUUCCUUACAGUUAUGUUAGGUUUAAUUCUUCAUGGAUUUGGUACAAUUCCACUUUUGUUCUUCUUGGGAAGUGGAUCUCUACCUUACAAGUACAUUGGAAAGCUCAGCCAAGUUUUGGCUACAGCUUUCGGAACUGGCUCAAGCUCUGCAACAAUGCCAUGCACUAUUAAAUGUCUCGAUGGCAUGGGUAUGGAUCCACGUGUAACUAGGUUUGUCAUUCCAGUUGGAGCCACAAUUAAUAUGGAUGGUACUGCUCUGUAUGAGGCUGUAGCUGCACUUUUUAUUGCUCAGUACAGACAAGUUAGCUAUUCUUUCGGAACUGUAAUAGCUGUGAGUAUUACUGCCACUGCUGCCUCGAUAGGCGCUGCUGGUAUUCCACAAGCUGGUCUUGUUACCAUGGUCAUGGUUUUAGAUACUGUGGGGCUGCCAGCCAAGGAUGUUUCCCUCAUUAUUGCCGUCGAUUGGCUAUUGGAUCGUUUCCGUACUACAAUCAACGUGAUGUGUGAUGCUAUAGGAACAAUUCUCGUAAACAAAUUAUCAGUGAAAGAUCUAGAAAUAGCUGACAGGAAUGCUGCGGAUCCUCAUGAACUGGUUGAACUAAGCAAUGGACAUGAGCUAAAGGAUUAAGAAUUGAGAUUUGUUUCACCAUAAAUGCGAUCAUAUAAAUAUGUAGCCACAAAAUCCAAGUCAAUACAUAAAGCGAACUUUGAGAUGUAAAUAUUAAAAUCAAGUUAUUAAAAUUAGUUGUUAUCUCCGUAAAUGAAAACAAUAUUAUAACAUUAUUAAUAUUUAACAAAAAAAAAAGAGAAUCGUUACAAGCGUGUUUGCUAUAGUUUGUAAAAUGUAUUCGUUUAAAGAAGAACCCUUAUACAAUCAUAUAUCGUGUAUACAUAUUAUUAUAAAUUAAUGCAUACUUUUUAUUUUUAUAUAUUUUUUAAUAAUAGCAACAAAAUAAUGAGUCGUUGUUUUUAAAAGUACAUUAAGUCAAAAAAUCAAAUUAAAGAUGACGUAAUAAUAUUUUAACAAAAUCGUUUUUAAAAAAUGGGAUUGAAAAUUAAAGUUUUUAAGCUUAUUCCACUUUUAAAUAAAACGACUCGAAUAUUAUUUUUUAAUUAAUGUGUUCGCAUUUCAUAUUUAAUUGUACGCAGCAUUGAACUUGUUUUUUGUUGUAUGCAUAUUUUGUUUGUACAAAAAAUAGUUUACACCAUGACAAAAUUAAUGUUUUGAAAAAAAAACCAAACAAAAACAUACUAAAAGUUCUAUUUGAACUUGUACAUAUACUUAAUAGUAUAAGAAAUCAAAAAUGACAAUAAAAUAAAUACAAUAUUUAUAAAGCAAACUUUGAACGUUUUGGCUCAUAUUAAUGAAAUUUAAGCACAACGAUUAUUUCGGGAUCUAAAAUUAUGUAUGAGCCUUUAAGGUUGAUCAUUUUUUUUUAGUAUUUACUUUAUUCUUCUUCAACUUACUUCAAUCUCACAGAGUUAAAUCCAGGUUGAUACAACUUUGCAAACAAAAUGUAUCCAUUUUUCCAAUUAAUUAAAACGUGAUGUUAAAGAAAAUCUUUAAAUAAUAAGAAUCAUAACAAUUAAAUGGAUUAUUCGAUUCUAUUGGAAAAUUAUAUUCUGUUUCUGGAUUUAAUUUUACUCAAAGCCAUAAAAUUCGAUUUCAUUUUUUGGAUUGCAUUCAUUUAAAUGCUUCCCCAAAAAAGAAAUAACGAAAUUUCUGGGAAAAAUAAAAUUAAAAUAAUAAUAAAGCAUGAAUAAACAAAAGCAUUCCAAAAAAGAAAACUUUUUUUUUCAAAGUGCUAAAAAAUAUACAUAUGCAGGUAAUUUUAUCUACAUAUUUUUGUUUUAAUUAAGUAUCAAAGAUUUAAUUGUGUAUUUCACAUCAAAGCAAUGUUCUUAGAAAUAAUAUGUGUUCGUAGUUGAUAAGAUAAUAAUUAGCAAAUGUUCUGUUUUGCACAUUUUAAAGUGCUAAUAAGUUACUCAGUUAAAAAAUAACAUAAAUAUAUUAAAGGUUGAAUAUUUGUUAAAAAUAUUAUCAUAGUGCAUAAAGCAGUAAAAUAAAUAAUAUCUGCGAAUAAAAUGUUAAAAAUUAUCCAUUCAAGCUUAAAUUUUAGUUUAGAAAAAAGAAAUAUACAUACAUAAAUACAUGCAUACAUGGAUAUUAGUUUUUAGCCCAGAAUAUUCAAUUUUAAAAUUAAACUUACUCUCAAUGGAUUUUUAGGCAAUUGUUUCUUACAAAUAUAUAGCUAGAGAUUUAAUAACAAUAAAAUAAAACGAAAUAGA